AUGGCUCCAUCUGCUGUGAAUAGUUCCAAUGAAAAAUUACUCCUGUCUACCGUAUACAACAACAUUAAGGUGAUGGGUCCAUUUAAAUAUAAUGGCUACACACCCAAUUGGAGCACGGAAAUGUUCAAGAUUCGCGAAAUUCGUAUUACCAAUCCCGUUACAUAUCUAUUAGAAGAUUACGAAGGAAAUAAAAUUGAAGGUGGUUUUUAUGAGCCUGAACUAUUGAAAGCUGAGCAUCCGUCAAUUUAUCUUGUGGAAAAAAUAUUGGAAAGGAAUGGUAACCAAGCGUUUGUGAAGUGGCUAGAGUUCUCAACGAAACACAAUUCCUGGAUAAAUACCAAGGAUAUGAUAUAUUAA